AUGCAUACUUCAGCAAGUCGUUUGUAUGCAAUGCAGACAGGGAUGAAGAUUGAUAGCAAAACCCCAGAAUGCCGUAAAUUUUUAUCCAAACUUAUGGAUCAGUUGGAAGCUAUGAAAAAGCAAUUUGGUGAUAAUGAAGCAAUUACUCAGGAAAUUGUUGGUUCUGCUCAUGUGGAGAAUUAUGCCUUGAAAAUGUUUUUGUAUGCAGACAAUGAAGACAGAGCUGGGCAAUUUCAUAAAAACAUGAUAAAGUCCUUUUAUACUGCAAGUCUCCUGAUAGAUGUUCUAACGGUAUUUGGGGAGCUCACUGAAGAGAAUGCCCAGCACAGGAAGUACGCCCGGUGGAAGGCAGCAUACAUUCAUAACUGCCUGAAGAAUGGAGAGACUCCUCAGCCUGGCCCCAUUGGAAUGGAAGGAGAGAGUUUUGCAGAUGCUGAAAGGGAAGAAGCGGGGUCGUCUUCUGUCCAUAGUGGAACAACUCCAUCAUCAUCAUCUACAUAUGAAGCUAACAACAUACCAACUAGUAAUUACACUGGCAUACAUAUACCACCAGGUGCCCAUGCACCAGCCAACACUCCAGCUGAAGUACCUCACAACACAGGAGUGACAAGUAACACCAUUCAGCCUGCUUCUCAGAAUAUUCCUCUAGUUGAUCCUUCCCUUUACAGUGCUCAGUCUGCAGGAGAAGUCCGCUUGACUCCAGAGGACUUUGCCAGAGCUCAAAAAUACUGCAAAUAUGCUGGCAGUGCAUUGCAGUAUGAAGAUGUGAGCACUGCUGUGCAGAAUCUACAGAAGGCCCUCAAGUUACUCAUUACAGGCAGAGAAUGAAGCUUUAAUCCGACAUUUCAUGUCUUUUGCCUAAAGAACUAACAGUUUAUUGCUGUACCUGUUAGGGAAGUGGAGUUACACAGAAAUUUUCAAUCCCAUCACUCAUGACAAUGAAACCACUGUUUCAGUGUCAGAUUAGCAAUUAAUGGUACAGUAGGAAUCUCUGUUUUCAUUUUACCAACAGUGGAGCUUGAAACAGGAAUGCAGUGGCUUUAUGUAUGCAAAAUAUUGAGCAAAAUACUGUGAACACCACUCGAGUUAGAAUUCAUCUUGCAAUAUUUGGAUUAUUAGAAUUGGAAAAUGCUGACUAUAAAAAACUUGAGAAUUAGGAUGUUCUUUUAAAAUUCUUACUCUUGUUUUAUUAUUGCAAACAAUUAUUUAACAGGUAUAACAGCUUUAAAGGGUAACUAAGAUUAGUGCUUUCGUCCUGAAAUGAGAGCAUGUGAGAAGUCUGACAGGUCCACACUGGAAAGGACUUUUCUAUACAUAAAUUAUUUCGGUAUUUGUGUUAUCUGAGACAUAAGCCUAAGUUGAGGGAGUCUGAGGACCUUUGUAUUUCAUUUGAAAAUGUGCUGGAAAAAACAUCUCUUGGUACUUCAGAGAGAGUAAUUUUGAUGGUGUUCCAAUCUAAUCCCCCACAGGUAUAUGGACUAUUACAUGUGUUAUAGUAUUACUAUAUGUAAUACUACAUGUAUUCUUGAUUAUUGGUUCUUGCUCCUUCUGUAUGAACACUUAAAAUUUUGUAUUUGUAUGGAUAAUUAAGAGAAAAUACUAAUAUUUAUGAACAAUGAUCCCGAAACUGGAGGCAGAGAUUCUAAAUAGCUUGAACUUUAAGGAAGACUUACUGAAAGAAAAAAACUGUUCCAUCUUUUAAAGAGGCUGGAAAAAAGCUUGUUCUUCAGCUAUUAAAACACUGUAGGUAUGUCUCUGGUAUUAGUGUCAUAGAGCUUUGUACUUCCAACUAAUAUUUUUCCUGUCUGCUUUGUUGUGAAGACUUUUUGGACUUGGGAUUUAAUUAAAAUAUCUUGGAAACUGAA